GCGGAGGGAUUUGGAAGGUGUUUAUGUAAAUAACAUGCUGGAGUGGGGAAUGCAGUUCGCGCGCAGUCAGGCGGACCAAAGCACGUUGGCUCGCCGUUGGGGGAAAGUUUACCAGCGAUCGUGGGUUUGAUUCCCAAUAUUCUGAUUAGAGUCGAUCGCCUGACGUGUUGGCUAGGCGCGUGUCUACACUCUCUAGCUCUUCAGCUCUGGACACAGGUCGCAGCGGAGGACAGAGGAAACUUUUUUUCUUGUUGGAUCGCGAGGAACUCGUGCGCGUGCAGUAAGACCAACCCGGUAUGGAGAAGACCGGGAAGAAGUUUGUGGACUCUCGGCAGGGGGAGAGCCAGGCUGCCGAGGACUCCGCCUCCCAGGCCCGGCGAUCGUCGCGGUUGUGUUGCGCGGUGGCGUUCAACUUGUUGUUACUACUGCUGUGCGUGUUUGCCCUGGCUUGCUGUCUAGUGUUCAACGUGAAACUUUUAGGCCUCCAGGACAGAGUACGGGACUUGGAGGCCGAGUGUGGGACCGGUGUCUCGGAGGACCGCUUGUCGGAACUCAUCGAGUCCCGGGUAGAGAAGCUCUUCGCCGAGAAAUUGGAGACACAUUUGGCGAGACAUCGACGGGAGCGAGAAACAACGGAGUGCAAAUGUCCGCCCGGUCCCCCGGGCAGAAGAGGAAAGAGAGGCAGAAAAGGUGAUACAGGUGACCCUGGCCCACCCGGCAAAAAUGGCUUUCCGGGAGGUAUUGGUCUACCAGGGGUUCCAGGGAAAAAGGGGGAAAGAGGGUACCCUGGGUUUAAGGGGGAUAAAGGAUACAAGGGAGACCGAGGUCUGGAUGGGGUUUGCCUUCCAGGACCACCAGGCAUGUCGGGAGCGAAGGGUGACCGCGGAUACCCAGGAUUUCCGGGUCCUAUUGGCUUGGAUGGAAGGCCUGGUGCACCAGGACUGAAAGGCCUCACUGGAGAUCCUGGGUUUCCUGGUCGAGAUGGUCUACAGGGUGAACCUGGUCCCCCUGGCCCUCAGGGUCCUCCAGGCAUACCUAUAGGGUCCUCUGGAAAGAUUGUCAACAUAAAGGGAGAAAAGGGCGACCCCGGGAAGCCAGGCCUGAUGGGACCACCAGGUGUACCUGGUGUCCAGGGACCUUCUGGAAUACGAGGUAUAGAUGGUCUACCUGGCAGGAAUGGAGUAAAGGGAGAUGUUGGUGAGAGGGGCCCAACAGGAAAACCUGGGGCAUCCGGAGAACCUGGUGAACCUGGAGAGAAUGGUUAUCCUGGAAGCAGGGGUCUGCCUGGGCCUAAGGGCGAUAGAGGUGACAUUGGUAUGCCUGGUCCCAAAGGCUCUCCAGGAAUACAGGGCCUGAAGGGAGACACUGGCGAGAGAGGAGAUAGGGGAGAAAAGGGAGAGAAGGGUGACAUGGGAGGUGUCAAGUUCUCCGGCGAGGAUAACCAGUUCUCUUCCGUCAUUGGCCCUCUCAAUAACCCCGGCCCCCAGGGUCGGCAAUUCCCUGGCCUGACUGUGCGUGGACCCCCUGGCCCACCUGGUCCCCCUGGAGUACCCGGCCCUAAGGGUGAUAUGGGCUUGCCCGGAACUCCUGGCAUAGAUGGCAGAAAGGGGUCACCCGGGGUCAAGGGUGAAAGGGGUAGAAGGGGGCGCCCUGGCUCUGAUGGCACGCCCGGCAAAGAUGGCGACCCCGGCCAGCGCGGACAGCCCGGCCUUCCCGGAAUCGGAGUGAAAGGCGACCGAGGAGAGAUGGGUCUUCCUGGACCACCUGGUGAUAAAGGCGAACCUGGCAACGAUGGCGUACAAGGCCCGCCCGGACCCGCGGGUGCUCCUGGGAAAAAGGGAUUUGAUGGCAAAAAGGGAGACCGGGGUGAUGCCGGAGAGGGAACUGCUAUAGUACGUACGAUGCCAGGUCCAAGAGGCCCACCAGGACCAAUGGGAGCUCAGGGAUUAAGAGGGGAACCAGGACCUAAGGGCGACGUAGGUGACACAGGGAAAACGGGAGCAAUGGGUCCGGCAGGUGCAAUGGGACCAGCGGGGGCAAAGGGAGACAGAGGACCCAUGGGCUUACCUGGCCCUGCUGGGAUAGGGAAAGCUGGCCAACCGGGCAAGGAUGGACUCCCUGGUCCUCCGGGCGCUCCUGGCAUGGUCGGACCUAAGGGGUCAAAGGGUGAUGAAGGCCUGAAUGGGGAGAGAGGAGAUCCUGGAAUUCCCGGGAUAAACGGAAUUCCAGGUCCCAAGGGAGAUCCAGGUCCUCCAGCACAGAAGGGUGAUCAGGGUGUGAGAGGUAGAAGAGGCAGAUCAGGAAAAAAAGGUGAAAAAGGUGAUCACGGCGCUCCCGGAUUAGAUGCCCCAUGUCCUGUGGGAGAAGACGGAUUGCCGCUGGCUGGGUGCUGGCAGAAGUAAUAUACUGAUGUGCCCAGCAUGAGGAAUGUAUAUAAGCACGUGGAAUGCCAAAAGAGACUAUUUUUAUUCUAUUUUAUUUGAAGCAAUACGUAACAAAAACUGUAUAAAGCAAUAUUUUGUCUGGAAAGAGGAAAUGAUGAUUUUAUUUAUACUACCUGUUCUCGAUACCAUGUGCUAAGUUAUUUCAGUUGGUGCCGACCUGACCAAAAUGUUCAAUCUUGCUUGUCCAAACUUGGGAAAAUGAGGACUGGUACUCGUGGCGCAUGAAUUUUAGCGAAAGGCUUUGCAAGCAGCCAUAUAUGGUUCUUCUGUUGAUGCUAAAGCCGGUUAUUGAUUGAAGCAGCAGACACAUAUAUUUUUUCCCCGAGUUUUUACGGAGGUUUCUCUACGUGAUGUGAAAUGGCCAACACUAACACCGUGCCAGUCUUUCCAUUAUUUAUUGGCUUCUCUCAUUGUCCCCACGUCACUCCCAAAAGGAUAACAACUAAUGUUGAUCCAUCUGAUUGACCUUCGCUGAUUAACAAGGUUGGGCAUUUUGGUCUGGUCUGAGUAUCUUCUAGCCGAGUUAUAACGUGGCAGUUCUGUAUACUGACCAAGUACUAAUGGCAUUAGGAACUAGGGGGCUAGACAUUUGGUGCUGCAUGGUACUUCCAACAAAUUACUAACAGGAAAACAGCUCAACAAUGUAGUCAAGUAACUUAGUAAUAAUUCCCUUCGUCCGUAAUUUUUUCAGGGAUUCUUUAUAAUUGAGACGAAAGGAGACAGGUACAUAGUUUGAGAAAACUUCGGUGCACCAACCCAAAAUUCCUCAGUCUGGACAUAUCGAGAUAUUACAGCAAAAAAAAAAUCACCAUUCAAUGUUCAUCGCAUUCCCUCAUGCAUAUUCAUGGUGUAACGGUGGUGGCAUGACGGGAGCUGUUUUGCUGAUGUUGCAUCUGACAAUCACAAGAAGAUAUCCAGAAAGAGAGAAAGAAAGAUCCGAAACUGUGAUGGACAGUGAAGUUAGGUAUGUUAGGGUCUGGACUGUGGGGCCGAGGGAGGAAGCAAAAGACAAGCAAGAGCAGCACAAGGACCUUCCAGCUGGUGUCAGCACCGAUGACAGCUCACCCAGGGUUGAUAGACGUUAUCCAGGACUUCAUUGGUAGAUUUGUGGCUGUUUUCCUAUGUAUUUUUUUAUGAUCAUGGCACCAUAUUAUGUCAGUAUAGCACCCUCAUCAUGUUUGUUCCUCGACAUUAAGAUCAUCACGGGUGUCAUAGCAGCAAGAACACACUAGAAACAGCAACCAUGGUUACUCCACUGUAUACAUGUGUGUUCUGAAAGAGUACCAACCAUUUCAGCAGAUUCGACAGCUUGAAGGGCAUCAAGCUGAACCUGUGACACCUUUGUGACUCCAGACACAUUUCUUUUGGUCAUUCCAUUGCUGUUGUCUGAACACUGAAAAACUUCAGUGACUCGGGGGUCUUGAACAUCCCACAGAAAAAAAGACAUUUUUUUCACACACACACAAAAAUGUCUGAAACUUUGAUUUAAAGAGACCAUCUGAAAUUGGUAAUGUUGGCACUUUAGCCAGCAUCGACUUUGUAAAUUUCUCAGAGACGCAUAUGUUGUGGCGUACGCACAAGCACUACAGAGGUAGUAUUUCUGGUUGUUUCAUUGGAAAUGAUUUAUCUUUGAGUAGACAUUUUGAUGCCCAACAUUCACAACUUCAAUGUAUGUUUAUGUUUGAGGCCAUGAACUGUGCCUAUGGUCUGGUAUUGCCCAGUGUUUUGCAACAGCACCCAAUUUUCAUUUUAGUUCACUGAACCAUACCUAACCUAGUGUAAGCUGUAACAAACAUGGCAUUUGUUUAAAAGCAGCAUUUAUCGAGUUACGCCUGGCUUUGAUGGUCUAAUUUUAUGACCAGUCGUGAUAUGUCUAAAAAAAAAAGAAGUUGUAAACAUUUUGUAAAUAUGGAGAAUUUAGUGGUAGUUGCGGUAGUGUUUUUUACGUACAGUUAGGAGGAAGGUGCGAAAUGGUAGAAUCAACUAACAUAUUGAAUACAUCUAUAAUCUAUGUACAUAAGAUUUUAUUGGUGUAUUGCUCAAGAUGUGAGCAUUUUACAUUUACCCUGUAUUUCAACUUAUUUAUCAGGAAAUCUGAUGCCUUUGUGUAGCUUCUGUUCAUACCGUAGCUUUCAUUGUCGUAUGUAUACGUAAGAAGUUCGUAUUUAUUUUUAAGGCGAAGCACAUGUUCAGCCAGGUUUUAUCUGUUUGUGGAGAGGAGUUGAGCAGAUGGUACUUUUUAAAGUGAACAGUAUGGUGCUGAUGAAAGUAGACAUAAUGUUAUGCUAGAAUACAGGUGUUGGGUAACUUGCUGAGUUCCCUCAGUCAACUGAGCUUGUAGUGUUCUUGGUGAUAGUAGAUUCAACUCGCCAUUCCUUAUUAUGAUUGGGUUUAAGAAGAAGAAAUAAAACCGAAGCAGCUUAACAGACAAACUGAUGUUAUUUCAUGGAAAUCUGAUGACCAUCUGUACUUAAAUACUUGAUUGUAUUUCAAUACUUAAUUGUGUUUAUAAAGAACAAAGCAGAGCCAUCCCGUCUAGCAAAAUGCGAGUGGCUCUUGAUUGUCCACAUGUACUACUUCGUGGUAGUAAUGCGCAACCAGCAUAACGAAGUAAGCUUUCUAUGGUUGUGAAAAAAGACACAGAUAUUGAAGUCACAUGUUGUUGUUUUCAAUCAUGCAAACUUGUUAGACAUGGAAGUUCCAAGACAUUGUUGUAUUUUUUGGUGAUCAGACAGAAGACCAUCAAGCGCAUGAGGUCGUAGUGUGAAUGUAACGAUUGUGAAUGUUGUAUUUACGGUGUGAAUGUUUCUAUGUUUUGUCGUCGAGAGUGUAUAUUGUCUGAAGAUGAGUCUAGCCUACCAGAACUGUGAAUAGCCAGUUAACAGUUUAGUGCUGUUGUUAACCAAACCCAGCCAUAGAGGUAAUAUACAUGUAAGGCAAUUGCAGCAGACUCAAACUGCCGACACGUUGUAGCUCUAAACAUGUAGCUAACGGUAUUGACGUUGUAUCUCUGUAUUGAACAUUAACGUUAAUGAGAUAAUGUUUCUUUUCUACAAUAAACUGUAUCAUUGUUCGAA